AGAAGCGAUUGCUCAACUCCCAAGAAGUUACAACAUGUGUCUUUGCUCAGAUGACGAAGCGGCUGGCGACGAAGAAGACACACGUUCGAUUCCUCAGACCACCAGAUGAAUGUCAUAAGAAGGCUGUCAUGUGACCACCACCAAGUCAUCAUCACCGCCACACAGUCAUGUGCGUCCGUGUGCGGACCCUCCUGCUGUUGGUGGUGGUGCAAAGCGUCGACUGGACUCAUGCAGCUCAGGAUGAGUGCAAAGACUACGAGGUUCAGUUUGAGCGCGUGUUUUCAGUGCCGGGCGAUGCGGCCAUGAUCAACUGCACGCUGGCAUCUCCCGACGUCUUCAACUUGUCGGCAGCCUCUUACGAGGUGAACUGGUACCACGUGGAGACUGGACGAGCGCUCCGAAACGUCAGCCGCCGCGUCCUCAUCCGAGGGCAGACCCUGUGGUUACUCAACGUCACCAUGCGCCACGACGGACAUUACCAGUGUGUGCUCAGGACCAGCACGUCAGGUUGCUUCAAGCAGUCCACCAGGUUGGUGGUGGAGCGCCCGCUGCGAGGCGAGUGCGGUCGACCGCGCAAAGCCUUUCAGGUCCUCACAGUCGGCGUGACCGACACGCUGUCCUGUCCAAUCAAAGAGGUCUUCAAAACGCUUCGAAGCUACGGCGUCCGCGCCUCCGUCACAUGGUACAGAGGCUGCGACGUGAUUGAGGACGGCUUUGAGGGACACGUGUACCGCAACCGAGCGCGGCUGAAAAUUAAAAACGUGGACAGCCGCAACAACCAGCCGUACACGUGCACCCUCAACUUCAACCUGGGGGGUGUGGCGGCGUCCAUAUCGGAGUCCAUCCAGGCUUGGGUGCAAGAGGAUUACUGCUUCUUGCCCCAAGUGCUGCAGCCAGCCAAUGAUAUCCUCAAAGGAGCCCCUGGAUCUCGUUUGACACGAACAUGUCGAGUGUUUGUGCCGUGCAUCGGCACCGUUCCCGACGACGCGAUGGUGGACGUUUUUUGGUUGGAUGACGUUGACUUCAUUUCCACCAACAACUCAGAGAGGAUCUUUGCAUCAGAACCACGCGUGUGGCGUGCGAGCGUCCCACCGAAAGGUGUGUGGAUGGAGAGCGUGCUGACCAUUUCCUCCCUGGAGGAGGCCGACUUCCUGAUCAACUACACGUGUCGAGCAUACAGCGCGCGAGGAAUUCCUCAGGCUCACUUUUCCGUUCUGCCUCAAGAGCAAGGUGUCCAGGUUGCCGUCGGCGUUGUGCUCGGUGGCGUGGCGGCGCUCGCGGUGAUUGCCGUGGUGGUGUACUUCCAUUUCAAGAUUGACGUGGUGCUGUUCUUCCGCAGCUCCUUUGCCGUCUUUUAUGCAAACGAGGAGAACGACGGGAAGCGGUUUGACGCAUAUGUGACGUCCUACUACCCGCUGGGCUGCCAGUUGGAUGUUAGCCACCGAGUGCUAACGUUUGCAAUGGAGAUUCUGCCACAAGUGUUGGAAAAAGCUUGCGGCUACAAACUCUUCAUAGCUGGACGAGACUGUCUGCCGGGACAAGCCAUGGUCGACACCGUGCACGAAAACAUGCUGGCCAGCCGCAGACUCCUGCUGCUCUACGGCGCCUCGUCCUUCACCUGCACGCACAGCCGCCACCACCUCAACAACCGACACACCAACAACAACAACCUGGGCGAGGACGUCUGUUUGGACACGCGCCGUCAAUACGAAUGGACGGUGGCCAUGCAUCAAGCACUCGUGGAGGGCACCCUCAAGGUGGUGCUGGUGGAGCUGGAGGAAGUGAGCGCAGCCCAGCUGGCUCUCUUCCCAGAGUCGCUGCGUCACCUACGGAGGAAACAGGGCGCCGUGUGCUGGUGGAAGAACAACAAGCACCACCAUCAGCACCAGGGGCUGAACCGGAAGAGCUGGAUCAACUGCACCGGGAAGUCCUCGCCAUCCAGGACCGCCACACGGGAGCAAGAGGAAGCGCACUCGUCACGCUGCCUGUCGCCGUCGUCCAAGUUCUGGAAGGAGAUCCUCUAUCACAUGCCGGUGAAGGGCAAGAGGGCAGCGCCCCCCCAAAAGACCACUCUCUUGUAGGUUUAGCUCCUCACCCACAAAACAGAUGCUUUUUGCUCGGGAAAGAUCAGCAGAAUCAUGGCAGGUGGCUGGAAUCGGUUCCUCUCGGUUAACCCGUUCGCUCAUGAGCCUGAGUGCACCAGCAUGAACAGACGACUGACUGGAGCAAAACUGUUUGCAAGUACCACAGUGCCCCCUAGUGGGAAAUUAAUUCAUCGUUGUCCCAUGUAUAUAAUAAAACUCAAGUUAAACAUAAAUAAGUAAUUCUCUGAA